AUUUUCUUUGUCUUCUUCUUCCCUUAGUAUCUCUUUCCCUGCAACCAAAAACUCUCAAUCUCUCUCUAAGCUCUCAACAUUCCCAUUUUUCAGAUGGCAUUGGAAACGGCAGCUCGCCCGGCUACUCCGAGCGCCCAAGUUGUUGGGAAUGCUUUCGUCGAGCAGUAUUACCACAUUCUCUAUAACUCUCCAGAUUUGGCUCAUAGAUUCUAUCAUGAUUCAAGUGUGAUUAGCCGGUCGGAUUCCAACGGUGUGAUGACAUCGGUUACAACCAUGCAAGGUAUUAAUGAGAAGAUUCUUUUCGUCGAUUACACAAAUCAUAAGGCCGAGAUUAAUACCGCUGAUGCUCAGAAAUCUUACAUGGAAGGAGUAACUGUAUUGGUAACCGGAUGUUUAACGGGCAAAGAUAACUUGAAGAGAAAAUUUGCGCAAUCUUUUUUCCUUGCUCCUCAAGACAACGGGUAUUUCGUUCUGAACGAUGUGUUUAGGUAUGUAGGAGAUGGUGAACCCUUGGAGAAACAUAAAGUUAAUGGUGUUAGUGAUGCUCCUAGAGUGCAUCCAACACCAGCACCUGAGCCUACACAAAUUCCCGAUCCUCCUGCACCUGAUCCAGCUACUGCACCUGUGGAAGAGAACCAAAAUGUUGCUGAACAAGUUCACGAGCCGUCAGACUCGGAAAAACAGUUGGUCAAUGAAAAAAUGCCUGCUGUGAAUCCCCACUCUCAUUCGAACGGUGACGAUAUUCCUGCAGUUGUUGAAUCAGCUUCUCCUUCGGCCCAAGAGGAUUCUGCAAAGAAAUCCUAUGCGUCGAUUGUGAAAGUAGCUAAAGGAAGUCUAGGGCCAACUAGAGUCUUUGUACCUUCUAAUACUACAGAAGUGACGCCCAAGGAAACGGAGAAGCAGCCUCCUGUUUCUGCAGCGUCUGCUCCGCCAGAAGUAUCUGCACCUUCUAGCGAUGAUGCCCCCAAGGGUAACGACAUUCCCGAGGAAGUUGAAGGCCAUUCCAUUUACAUUAGAAACUUGCCCUUCAAUGUGACGGCUGCGCAUCUCGAUCAGGAGUUGAAGAAGUUUGGAUCGAUCUAUGGCGAUGGUGGCGCGGGAACGGUGGCUGGACCAUCGGAGUGGGCCGGAACAGUAAUGGCGGUAGCUGUUCAUCUGCUGUUGGCGGCGGCGGCUGGAUGA